AUGGUAGCUUUAGUAGUUACUUCACGGAUACUCAUGCACGACUCGAACAUGCUCAUCCGCGCAACGAUCACAAGCCCUCGCCACAUUCUCAUUCCACCUUUCUCGUCGCCCUCGCUGCCGCGCUCGGCCGGUCGUUAUCUCCACUCCCUACACGUCGCGCUCGGUAUCUACCUUUCCCUUCCCGUUGAGCUCUUGAUAUUUCCCCUCCCCGUCCGGUCGAGCUUUCGUUUUCCCCUUCCCUUUCCGUCGAAAAUUCGUUUUCCCUUCCCCUUCCCGUCGAGCUCGCGUUUUCCCCUCCCCUUCCCGACGCGCUUUCGCUAUUUCCCCUCCCCUUCCCUUCACGCUAUCUCCCCUCCCGUUACAGUCGCGUUCACUGUUUCCCCUCCCCUUCCAGGCGCGCUUGCUAUUUCCCCUCCCCGUCUAGUCGAACUCGCAUUUUCCCCUCCCCUUCCAGUCGCUCGCUAUUUCCCCUCCCCUUCCCGUCGAGCUCGCGUAUUUACCUCCCCUUCCCGUCGCGCUCUCGCUAUUUCUCCACCCCUUACCGUCACGCUCGCUAUCUCCCCUCCCGUUACCGUCGCGCUCGCUAUUUCCCCUCCCCUUCUAGGCGCGCUCGCUAUUUCCCCUCCCUUUCCCGCCGAGCUCGCGUUUUCCCCUCCCCUUCCCGCCGUGCUCUUGCUAUUUUGCCUCCCCUUCCCGCCGCGCUCUCGCUAUUUCCCCUCCCCUUCCCGUCGAGCUUGCGUUUUCCCCUCCCCUUCCAGUCGAGCUCUCGCUAUUUUGCCUCCCCUUCCCGCCGCGCUCUCGCUAUUUCCCCUCCCCUUCCCGUCGAGCUUGCUCGCGCUCGCUGUCUCCCCUCCCGUUCCCGUCGCGCUCGCUAUUUCCCCUCCCCUUCCAGGCGCGCUCGCUAUUUCCCCUCCCCUUCCCGUCGAGCUUGCGUUUUCCCCUCCCCUUCCAGUCGAGCUCUCGCUAUUUUGCCUCCCCUUCCCGCCGCGCUAUCGCUAUUUCGCCUCCCCUUCCCGUCGAGCUUGCGUUUUCCCCUCCCCUUCUAGUCGAGCUCUCGCUAUUUUGCCUCCCCUUCCAGUCGCGCUCGCUGUCUCCCCUCCCGUUCCCGUCGCGCUCGCUAUUUCCCCUCCCCUUCCAGGCGCGCUCGCUAUUUCCCCUCCCCUUCCCGUCGAGCUUGCGUUUUCCCCUCCCCUUCCAGUCGAGCUCUCUAUUUCCCCUUCCCUUCCCAUCGCGCUCGCUAUUUCCCCUCCCCUUCCCGUCGCCUUUUCAUGGUCUCAAUUGUCGGCGGUUCUUACCAACGAACUGCAUUCCUCACAUGAUGUCCGCGUGUCUUGCACUGGUGGCUUCUUCCCUUCCCGCCGCACUCGGCUUCUCCUUUCCUCUCCCCGUUUCCCCCGCUACCGUAUCUCCCGUCCCGGCCCAUCAUCUUCGUUCAUCAUCACUUUCCGUCGCGCUGCCUCAUUGUCUCUGUUCCCCUUCGUCGCAUUCACGCUCUCACAUCAUGUCUCCCUGGACACACUCCAUCUCUCUGCCAUUCUCAUCACCAUACCCGCCCAUGCGGGGAUCGAGAUCGAUCCGCUGCUGUCACCUCCUACCAAUCCCUCCCCAAUCCUGCGAUCGUUGUGCCCGAUCGGUUUUUCACAGCGAUCGCGCGAUCGAUUGAGGGAGGGGACGCGCCCUCACUUGGACGGUGAUGGAGAUGCUUCGUUCACAAUCGCAAAUAUCGUGCAGAGGUCGUACAUGCAGCGUCCCACCACCGGCGGCGGCGGUGGCGGCGGCGGCCACCGAACGUCCGCGGGUACCAACCGGCCAGCAACCAGCGGGGGUGGCCGGGAAAGUACCGUGCGGGGUAGGGCGUCGACGGGAGCUCCGCGGAACAACCACGGGCGGAACUGCCCAUCCCCGCUGGACGUUAACGACGAUGGCGGACACUCCUUCCCCUCUCCCCGCAGUCGCCCCGCCGAUACCUUUUCGACCGCCAGGCGACACCAUUCCCCCUUUGACUCUCACCGCGGCGGGGGGCGCGUCGCCCGCAGCGGCGCAUCCGGCUGCUUAGAUAGGUAUCUGGGGGAAGACAUGGCGGAAGCUAGUUUGGAGGGGCCUCAAAAACAGCGGUAUCCGGGGAAAGGGAUGGCGGAGAUGGCGGAGGAAUGGCCUCCGCGGAGCUCCGUGCGGCGCUCGAUGCGGCGCGCGGGUUCCAUGGAGGUUUCCGCGCUGAUGCUGCGCGCCAGCGAUUUCGACCCCCCAACCUCCCGCGGCCUCGCCGCGAGCUAUGGCACCCGCGCGGGGAAGGGGCGCGCUGAGCACGGGGAACACGGGGAUGCGCGGAACAACGCGAGCAGCCGCAUUGAGGGAGGAGCGCGGCAAGGGUGGCGGAGCGAGCGUGCGGACGGCGCGGGAAGAGCAAGGGCGUCGCGGGAGGGCGGGGAGGAGAUGCGCGAAGGCAGAACGGGGCGGCGGAGCCACGCGAGUGCGGCGACUGUAGAUAUUUACCGGGCGGAGGAGGAGGGGGAAGACGAGGAGGAGGCAGGCGAUACGAGCUGCGACAUGUCGCCAUACGCGACAGGCGACACCUUUGGCGAAAUGUCGCUCUACUCCACGGGCGACACGAGCAGCUACAGGAGCAGCCGCCAAUCGCGGUCCAGUCAGGAGUCCGACGAGGCGGACAGCGCCGCCUGGGGGGGCUGGGGCGCGCCGUGGGCGGAGGGCGGGGGCAGCGAGCGGGAGAAACCGCGGGUGGCGGAGCCGAGGUUCGCGGAGACGGCGGGCGCGGGGGGACGCGCGCGGAGGAUGCGGCGGGCGGUGAGCAGCGUGGGGGGCGGGUCGUUCGGUAGCAGGGGGAUGGGGAGAGAGGAGGCCGCGUUUCAUGCGUUAUGGGUGCAGGGUGGGGCGACGCGGAGAGAAAGCGAGAGGAGACUGAGUGGCGGCAGUGAGAGAGGGGCGGGGAGGGGAGCAAAGGGGGUGGCGGAAGGGGAGGAGGAAGAGGAGGCGGAAGGAGAGGAGGACGGGGCGGGGUAUGCGAGGGAGGAUGAGCGGGAAGGAAGGGGAGGGGAGAGCGCGUUGCUAGGGCUGCGCUCGCCACAGGGACAGGUGCUGCCAGGCAUGGUGCUGUGCCCCGCGUCCCUUGCCCUCCCCGCCACACCUGCAGCGGAGUCGCCUGGUGGAAAAGCAACAGCAUCUCCGCAGCAGCAGCAACAGCAGCAGCAGUCAUUGGCCUUUGAUUCGAGCCAGCAGGCGCAGGUCUGGGGGCGGGGGACUGGGGAGGGGGAGGGGAGCAGAGGAGGCGGGUUGGGGGAGGAAAGGGGGAAAGGGGGUAGGAGUUUAGAGGAGGAGGGGCGCAAUGGGAUGCAGAGAGGGGAGGAGUGGCUGGCGGGGAUGCAUGGGAUGAUGCUGCCUGGGCGGGGGAUGGGACGGGGGCGGCUGUCUCGGGGUCUGUCCAUGUCUGCAUGUGCGCUGCGGCGGUUACAGGAGGAUGGGAGCCCUUCCAGCCCAGACGCGUCAGCAGCAGGGGGAAGCUUUGCGGAGCUUCUGGGGGGAAGCAGGGCGGAGAAGGGGCUGGGGAGGGGGCGGUUGCGGUCGUCUGGGGGGAGUGGGAUGUGGGCGGAGUGGCACUCCUCCUCCUCCUCCUCCUCCCGUGGCCCCGGUGGCUUUCUCGGCGGCGGCUUGCUGAUUGGGAAGGCUGUGGGCCAAUCGCGGCCCGCCACGGCGGCAGCUCGUGUGUUGAGGUCUCCGACUGGUGGUGGGAGCAGCAGCAGCGGCGGCGGCGGUGGUGGUGGGGUUGUCUCGUUUGAGAAUUCUCAAAAAGGUGUGGGGAGGGAGCAGGAGGGGGAGGAGCGGCGGAAGGGAGGGCUGGUGCGGGCGGUGGAAGGCAGUGGGAAGCAGCCCAGGUCUCCUUCUCCUCUGUUCGCCUCCCCGCUUUCUGCCUCCCCUCUGUCCGCGUCCCCCCUCUCCGCGUCCCCUCUGUCCUCCUCCUCUCCCUUCCGCAAGACAGCGAGGAGCAGCAGAAUGGAGCAGCAGCGGGCGGAGGCGCGAGUGGGAGGGGGAGGGGGAGGGGGACACUGUGAGGCGCCGGCACGGACUGGCGUGGCUGCGUGGGCUGAUGCUGUGGACGCUGGGGGGAAGUGGCCGGGGGGUGGGGAUGCGAGGAGGAGAGAUGAAGCGGACAGCUACUGGCUGGACCGCAGCGAGCUGGGGCGCGGCAGGUUCGGCAUCAUCCGGCUGUGCCUGUGCCGCAGGACGGGCGGGAGGUUCGCGUGCAAGACGAUCAGCAAGGAGCUGCUGACGUGCCAGCAGGACGUGGAGGACGUGCGGAGAGAGGUGGCGGUGAUGGCGUUGAUGCACGGCCACCCGCACGUUGCUGCACUCAUUGACACGUUUGAGGACGAGCAGCACGUGCAUCUGGUGAUGGAGCUGUGUGCAGGGGGCGAGCUGUUCGACCGCAUCAAGGCCAAGGGGCGCUACUCCGAGCCGCAGGCAGCGGUGGUGGUGGCGACGGUGGCGCGCGUGCUGCAGCAGUGCCAUGCGGCAGGCGUGAUUCACCGCGACGUGAAGCCCGAGAACAUCCUGCUGUGCACCAAACAGAGUGAUACUGAUGUGAAGCUCAUUGACUUCGGCGUUGCCACCUUCUUCCACCCUGGCGUUCCCUGCACGGACAUGGCAGGGAGCCCCUACUACCUAGCUCCAGAGGUCCUCGCAGAGAGCUACGGGCCCGAGGCAGACGUGUGGAGCACGGGCGUGGUGCUCUACAUCCUGCUCUCGGGUCUGCCGCCCUUCUGGGCGCCCACCAACGAGGCCAUCUUCCAAGCCAUCAAGGCCGCCCCGGUGAAUCUAGUGAGAGCGCCGUGGCCAUCGGUGUCGGGGGAGGUGCGGGACCUGGUGCGGCGCAUGCUGGAGAAACGGCCGGAAGACCGGAUCACGCUGGCGGAAGUGCUGGAACACCCGUGGAUUGUACGGCACACAUGCCCCCCUGCUGCGCCCAGAGAGGGCAGCUUGUAG